UGAUGAUAGUGAUGAUGAUGAUCACUUUAAAGAAACAUGGCGUCUGUCAGAGUCAGUCUAAUUUAAUUGAUUAAUUGAUUUAUAAAGAUGAUUGAUUGACGGCUCUGUGGACCAAUGAGGCUCCUGCUGUGUCCUGUUCCUGAAUGUCAUUAUAACAUCAAUAAUAGUCUGUUGUGAUCUGGUCUGGACCCCCCUGAGGGGUCUUCAAUGAGGUUACCGUGUGUCCUGGUUAGUGGCGAGGGUGUGGCGUCAGUCUGCACACGCCUAUAACGGCGCCAUCACGGCUCUCAGGCUUCAUGUCUCCAUAGUGUGCAGGAGUUCAAGUUCAGGGUCUACUUGAGUUCUUAAUGAAGGGACCUCAAUCUGAGGUGUGGACGCAGCUCCGCCACCGUUAGCUUGUCCUCCCUCUUACAUGGUUUAGACCUGGUUUAGCUGGACCCUCGGGGUCUACAGACUGCUCCUGUAGACCUCUGACUGAGAGGUCAGAGGUCGCGGAGAGGAGAUAUUAACUUAUCUGUUGUGUGUUUGUAUUUUCCGGAGCGCUCCUGAAGGUAGCAUUGCUAACAGGCUAAGCUAACAGCGGUGUCGGUGGCGUUGCAUCAGCUUCAGCCCGGACCGACUGAAGCACACCUGAGAAACCUCCACCUGUAGACCUGAUCUCACUGUAACGGCCUCCUGAGUUUAUUUGAUCCCAUUAAUCCAGAACAUCUCAGGGGUCUGUUUCCAAUCGGGUCCAACAUGUGAGCGAUAACUCACCUGGAUGAUGAAGUUUACCUGUAAACUGAACUCCUGUAACAUCUUCAUGUAACACUGAUCAGAGUCAGGUAGACCCAAACCAGAUGAACCAUCCUGACUCUGAGCAGCUCUGAGCCCACAUGCCUCUCAGACACCAGGGAUUAAAUAUCAUAUUACUAUAAUAUAAAUUUGUUCCUAAACAUGUAAAAUAUUUUUUGAGACAGAGGUAAUUAACAUCUGCUAAGCCCCGCCCCCUCUGGUAGACUCAGUGUGAUGUCAUGAACGAUGAAGACGAGGAGCAGAGGUCUGAUCUGUUGCUGAAGCUUCAGGUUUUUAAAGGUGGAGUCGUUGCGUCUCUGCAGCGGUCGUUACUCCACCUGACCACCAGGGGGCGCUGUGAGGUGAGACGUUGUUCAUUGAUCUUAACCUGUGAUCAGACAUUUAUCCAAACAUCAUCGCCAUGGGUUUCCCCGCGGAGCGCCUGGAGGGAGUCUACAGGAACAACAUCGACGACGUCGUACGGUUUUUAGACUCGAAGCACAAGAAUCACUACAAGAUCUACAAUCUGUGUGCUGAGCGACAUUAUGACACUGCAAAGUUCAACUGUCAAGUGGCUCAGUACCCAUUCGAGGACCACAACCCGCCCCAGCUGGAGCUGAUAAAGCCGUUCUGCGAGGAUCUGGACAAGUGGCUGAGCGAGGACGAGCAGCACGUCGCCGCCAUCCACUGCAAGGCGGGGAAAGGUCGGACGGGCGUGAUGAUCUGCGCCUACCUGCUGCACCGAGGGAAGUUUCAGGAAGCUCAGGAGGCGCUGGACUUCUACGGAGAGGUCCGCACCCGGGACAAGAAGGGCGUCACCAUCCCGAGUCAACGCCGUUACGUGAUUUACUACAGCUUCCUGCUGAGGAACCAGCUGCUCUACAAACCUGUCGCCCUGCUCUUCCACAAGAUGCUGUUCGAGACCAUCCCCAUGUUCACCGGAGGGACCUGCAAUCCUCAGUUUGUGGUGUACCAGCUGAAGGUGAAGAUCCACACGUCUAACCCGGCCAACACCCGGAGGGAGGACAAGCUGAUGCUGUUUGAGUUCCCACAGCCACUUCCUGUCUGCGGAGACAUCAAGGUGGAGUUCUUCCACAAGCAGAACAAGAUGAUGAAGAAGGAAAAGAUGUUCCACUUCUGGGUCAACACCUUCUUCAUCCCGGGUCCGGAGGAGAACUUCGACAAACUGGAGAACGGGAGCGCCGGCACGCCGCGGGAACCUGCCGACAGAACGCUGCAGAACCCGGGGAUGAUGACCCCGACCACCAUGAUGGGAGGAGACACCAACGACAGAGACUACCUGGUUCUGACCCUGACCAAGAACGACCUGGACAAGGCCAACAAGGACAAGGCCAACCGGAACUUCUCCCCAAACUUCAAGGUGAAGCUGUUUUUCACUAAGACGGUGGAGGAGGGAGCGAACUGCGACGCCAGCAGCACCGCCUCGGUGACGCCAGACGUCAGCGACAACGAGCCGGAUCACUACCGCUACUCCGACACGACGGACUCGGACCCGGAGAACGAGCCUUUCGAAGAGGACCAUCACAAUCAGAUCACGAAAGUCUGACACACACACGCUCACUCUUUGUUCUACGUAUGUGUAUAUAUACAGGAGAUAUACAGGAUGUAUGUACACACGCUCAUGAACCCCAAACUAAGACUAGCGCGCUGUAAGCUAGCGGGGGAAUAUAACCAACGGACCAGACCUGUCCCAGGACUCUGACUCUAAGAGCUCAGGUCAGUAUAAGCCCCUCCCCCUCCAACCUUCUGCCCAAUGCACAGCUGGACAAUCACAUGACAUGGGGUCAGAGGUGAGGAGGGCGGGGGGAGAGUGGGCGGGGCCAAUGGACGGCGAAUGGACAAUAAGACAGAUGAAUGGACAGACGGGAGGUUUAAACAUAAAACACAAAACUUGAAUAUAAACGAACUGAAAGACGAGUAGACUUCUUAGUGACUACACCCAGAUGUUUGUUGGAUGAACCCCAUGUGUCCUUCCUUCCUUCCCUUUUUCUUUCUUUCUUUCCUUCCUUCCUUCCUUUCUUCCAGCUUUAGGAACCUUUAUGCAGACCAAUCCUCGUUCCUCUCUUCUCUUCCUGCUUCAAUCUUCAGAUGUGUGUCGGGAGGCGACUCCUCUCUCUGUGUGCUCACGGCUCAUCUUCAGUCCAGAUCCCAAACCGUUUACUCCCCACGUCAGACCCGUGAGGUCCUGAAGGCCGGCAGAGAUCCCCCUGAAUCAAACCCUGCUGGUCUAACUCUUCAGUUUCUUCUUCUCCGUUAAAUUCAUCCGUCUCUGAAACUAAAGGAGACUAAGUCAGAUUUAACAAACGUCAGAAAUCUACGGUUCCUCAAACCGGGACGGUCCUGAGAGUCGGAGCGGUCUCCUGGUCUGGACUGGGUCUGGACCCGCACACAGAGAGAGGCGACGGUUUGAAUGUGACUUUGGAGAAGAGGAACUUUCAUAAUCUGCUGCAGUCUGUCAAUCAUCCUGUUCAAACACACAAACUGUGCGUCUGUCUGAUUCUCUCCUUCAAUCAUCUCCACGUGUUCCUGUCCUCCAACAUUAAGCUAACUACAAACAAGCUAACUACAAACAAGCUAACACAAACAAGCUAACACAACAAGCUAACACACCAAGCUAACACAACAAGCUAACACAGUCCAUCAUUCCUGAGACCGCUGCUGCGUAGACUCGCUCGCACUGACACCAACCACAGGCGAUGGGUCUGCAGGACCCGGAUGCUGUAGGGUUAUAAAGGACUGGUCCAUCCCAGAGAGCUCUAAACCUGGUCCAGAUAUCUUCAGCUGACAGACCGUCCCGUACGCUGAGAGUCCGCGUGGGUAGAUCUUUAACAGCAUGUCUGCCUGAAGGGUUAGAACAGGAGGUGUGGAUCCACGUCUGGUCCACGUGCAGCUCUCUGGUGCUCCUUUAGACCGGAGAGUAUUUGGGGUUUCCUCCCCUAACGAGGUGCUCAACGUUAGUCUGAGUCCUCCAGCAGGGUCCCUGACCCCCGUCAGUCUUACGGGCCAUGAGAUCCAGCCUGCGCGUGUCUUCAGCUGUAACUCCGUACACUAUUAACCCUUCGACUCCCCGGAGACGUUUCAGCUGUUGUCCCUCUGACGGGGGGGCGGUCCGGAGGCAGGGAACCCCUGAAGGAUGCUCCUUUCAUUCUAAAACACAAACCAGUCCACAUCUCAGCUCGGGGACUUUCCUCCUCUCUCAGAGACCGUCAGAGUCCUUUUGUUGAUGGACCUUCUUACAGGACUCGUGUCCUUCCCUAUAACAGACCCGGCUGGACGUAGACCGGUCAGUGAACCAGUUCAGGGUUCUUGUUGAUCAGAUUGAUCGGAGCAUCCUUAAAGGUGGUGUAGAGAAUCCUCUGCCUCCUGAUUGGAUGUUCGUAAAGUUUAACUUGAUGUCUGAUUUCCGUCCCAACAUCUGGUGCUACUCCCUUAAACUGGCUCUGUGUCGGUCCUGCUCAGACUCCAGGAUUUGAAGUCGUUGUGGAUCUGUCCCAGAUGUGAUCCCGCAGGAUGAGACCGUCUCUGUCGUAUGAUUCCAUCUUGACGUCACUGUGUCCUGAUGUCACGGCGUCCUGACGUUUGUGGAGUUGUUCCUUUAAGUGAAGACGAGUAAGCGAGCACCCAGACUUCUGAUUGGAUGCUGAAUUUAAGACCACUUCCUGUCUGGGUUUAAAAAAGAGAUCAAGUAGAUUUAGAUGGACUGAAGGAUGGGAACACCUUCUCCUGUGUCAGAGACUAGACUAGUGUAGACCACAUGGUGCCAGGUGCUCAGGUAACUGUCAGGUGACUCACCCCUGCUGUUGAUGACAUCAUAUCCUGUGUGAUCACAUCCUGAGGUACAGAUCUCGUGGCUCAAUGCUAAGCUAACAGUGAACCAGUGCUUCAACACUUGGUCUGGCAGGGUUCUUCGCGGAUCUGAGCAGGGCGGACUCUGAGUCCCCGGUCCAUCUGUGGUGCUCUUUACCAGCCACGAGUCUUCGUCCAGUCUGGAUCUUUGACGCCAAGCAGCUCUGUCGUCGUCGUGGCGAUACAUCCACAGGCUCCCCGCCGGGUGUGUUUACAGCAACAACAACACACUUCCUGUCCGGAGUCCUGUUAGGUGCUGUCACACCUGGCCUCACUUCCUGUCACCAACCCGUUCAGAUGUCAGUGCGUGGACUCGUUCAACAGAAGGACCCUGAACCUGCUCCAGCAGACCACCCAACCAGAGCACCUGGAUCCAGAGGUCCUGGAUCGCUCAGAGUGAAACUCUUUAAUGAUCUGAGGCUGGAUGAGUUUCACUGUUUCACUUCCUGUCAGUUACCUGGAAGUGUUGGAGGUUUGAUUCCUCGUCCCCUCAGAGCUCAGACGCCGGCU